AUGCAGAGCGGCGUAGGCGAGUUGGUGUGGGAGAACGCCCACACCGCACGCGAGAUGCGAGGUGUGGCUCUGCUUGGCGUGCCACAAACGACAGACCCCGGUUGGGCCAUGCGAAAACACGCACUCCUUCGCGCAGAAUACCCGCAAAGUGCGCCGCCCCCGGCCACCACAAUGGAGGAAGGGGCUGAGGGAGGAAGUGGAAACGCGCUGAUGCUUCUUCCAACUACAAAGCAGCGUGGUGAGAGUGAGGUAGCCAUGGCGCCGAAGCGUGUGCGUGGGGAGGAUGCUGUUAUCUCCAUCGAUCCGAAGGUGUUGAAGAGCCGCAUGACAUCCGUCUCUACCGCAGUGGCGGGGGGCGAGCGGGAGGAUGCGUAUGUGCCGCCUCCAAUGUGGAAGCUGUCAAAGGUGUUGGUGGGCCACCGAGGCUGGGUUUGGUGCGCCGCGGUAGAACCAAAUAACUCGUGGUUCGUAACAGGUGGUGGCGACGCCGUGGUGAAGGUCUGGGAUCUUACGACGGGGGUGCUUAAACUUAAUCUUACAGGGCACAAGGAGGCCGUGCGGGCUGUCUCACUGAGUACGCUGUCACCCUACAUGUUUAGUGCGGGCGACGACCACUCGGUGAAAUGUUGGGAUCUUGAACGGAAUGAAAUUAUACGGGACUUUCAUGGACACAAAGGUUCCGUUCAUUGCGUCAGUGCACAUCCUUCGCUGGAUAUUGUGUUAAGUGGUGGAAGAGAUAAAACUGUGCGGGUGUGGGAUAUACGCACUCGCUCCUGUGUGCAUCUUCUUCUGGGCCACAAUGACAGUGUCAUGUCUCUAGCCGUACAACAGGCCGAUCCACAAGUCAUCUCUGGAGGGAGCGAUGGCAUGAUUUACUUGUGGGACAUCGCCUCCGGAAUUGCCUUUACUCGCCUGACCCGGCACAAGAAACCUGUACGAGGACUUGCUAUCAACCGUCAAGGAACAUUGGCCUCCUGCGGGGCUGACCACGUCCGCGUCUGGUCCCUUCCAAAGGGGGAGUUUCUUUUCAACGCUCCCACGACAGCCGCUGGUGACGGUAACAAUGAUGAGGACGCGCCUGGGUACCGCUGGAGCUGCUGCGCCUUUAGCCCCCGCAAUGUGCUUGUGGUGGGGAGCCAGGAGGGAAGGCUGGCAUUUUAUGACUGGGGGCAUCCGCGUCGUCCGCCGUAUCAGCUGGGAAAGACAAAGUCCGUUCCAGGCACGCUCCCCGGCGAAGGUGGCAUUAACUGUGUCGUGUUUGACGCUUCAGGCUCGCGCAUGAUCACCGCGGAGAGUGACAAGAGUGUGAAGAUCUGGCGCGCCAAAGCGUAA